ACAUCAUCCUGCCCCUCCUCACUCUGCACAGCCCUGUCUCCUCUUUCCUACGUAGUGGGGACUUCCGUGCCCUGUGAUCUGGCCCUUCUAAGAAAUUGCACCCAGUUUGCUGAAUAAUUAAAAGCAGGAAAUACUCUAUAAAAGGAAGUGAAUAGGUAAGAAACUCAAAGGCGGUCCAGUCAAACAAAGUGCAAGCUGGGGCUCCGGCAGAGCUCUGAGAGUCCAGCUGGGAUCCGAGUGUGAGCUCCGGUUGUGGAUCCAGAGGGACAAGGAGCCCGAGAGGCAGGACCAUGCUGCUGCCGCUAGUUCUUCUUCUCAGCUUCCCAGGUUGCCUCUCCAUCCAAGGCCCAGAGUCCGUGAGGGGCUUAGAGGGCGGAUCUGUGACUGUGCGGUGUGACUAUCAACCAAGAUGGGAUACCUAUAGGAAGUGGUGGUGUCGUGGAGCAUACUGGGAGUUGUGCAGGAUCCUCGUUCAAACCACAGGAUCACAGCUAGAAGUGAAGGGAGACCGUGUGUCCAUUGGGGACAACCGGAGUCACCACUUCCUCACAGUGACCAUGGAGAAAGUCAGGCAAGAUGACACAGACACUUACUGGUGCGGCAUCAGCAAGAGUGGACCUGACCUCGGGGCACCUAUCAGAGUGACCAUUGAGCCAGAGGGAACACUUCUGACCACCUUGGCGAGCAUGCUAUCCAGGAGAACCACCAAUGGCCGUGCAGGGGUAUCGUCUGUCUCCUACAGCAGCUUAGGAACAUCAGACCCACAGCCCCCUGCCCACGUCCUGCUCUGCCAGCUCCAACGGAGUUCAUGAAUCACCCUUGAAUCUGUGCAGCCCCAAGACUGGGGCCAACUCAUCAUGGCCAGGACAGAAGGUGUUCUGAGGGUGGAGGUCAGCCUCAGUCCCCGAGAGAUGGGACCACUGUGCAGUGGGGAGCUGCAAAGAUGACUUUGGGGGAAUGAGGGCCAAGGCUACUGUUCCCGCUGAAAACAUGGGUCUGGGGCCAGGUCUGAUCCUCACGCCCUCAUUUAUUCAUCCACUCAUUCACUCAUUCAUUAAUUCAUUCAUACAUUCAACAAAUGCAACUAAAUUACCUACUGACUCCAGGCACCGUUUUCAGGGCACAUUGACUAUUGUAUGAAUGAAGGGAGCCCCCCCCGGAUGUCUCCUCCUGUACAUUUGGCUUGAAAUGCAAGAACCUGACCUCAUAUCAAUUGCCCCCCUUUUAUUACUGAAUAAAAAGGUUUCAGGUGACAAGGUAAAUCAUGGGUUCUCCUCUGGCAGCCACCAUUGGAGAUGAUUUAGAAAGCACAGCUUGGGAUUCAAACAGUAAUGAGAUACUACUACCCACCUACUAGAAUAGCCAAAAUCCAAAACAUCCACAACACUAAAUGCUGGUGAUGGUGUGGAGCUAUAGGAACCCUCGUUCAUUGCUGGCGGGAAUGCUCAUGGAUUUUUAUAGCAGUUUUAUUCUCUUUUGUUUUCGAUAUUUAUUUAUUUAUUUAUUUAUUUAUUUUGAGAGAGACAGAGACAGCAUGAGUGGGGGAGGGGCAGAGAGAGGGAGAAAGAGAGGGUCCCAAGCAGGCUCUGUGUUGCCAGCACAGAGCCUGACAUGGGGCUCGAACCCUCGAAACUGUGAGAU